UCCUCCCACUCUCACACACAGACGACUGUGAGAGAAAACGAAACUGAAUCCUAUCAGUGCUUGUGGUAAAAUGGCAGAAGCCAGUUCCACACUGGAUCAGAACCAGAUCAGCUGUCCGAUCUGUCUGGAUCCACUGAAUGAUCCAGUGACUACAGCCUGUGGACACAGUUACUGUAUGAGCUGCAUUAAGGACUUCUGGGAUCAGGAGGAUCAUACUGGAGUUUACAGCUGCCCCCAGUGCAGACAGACCUUCGUACCCAGACCUGUACUGGGGAGAAACAUCAUACUGGCUGAAGUGAUGGAGAGCCUGAAGAGAGAUGUGGAGUGUGACGUCUGUACUGGGAGAAAACACAAAGCUGUCAAGUCCUGCCUGGUGUGUCUGGCCUCUUACUGUGAAACUCACCUCCAGCCUCACUAUCAGUCUCCAGCUUUUAAGAAGCACAAGCUGACUGAUGCCACUGGACGUCUGCAGGACAAGGUCUGUUCCCACCAUGACAAACCCCUGGAGGUCUACUGCCGUACCGACCAGCAGUGUAUCUGUUAUCUCUGUACGAUGGAUGAACACAAAGGCCAUGAUACAGUCUCAGCUGCUGCAGGAAGGGCGGAGAAACAGAAACAAAUGGAUGAAAAACAGGGGAAAUUUCAGCAGGCAAUUCAGUUGAGAGAGAAGGAGCUGCAGGAGCUGAGAGAGGCUGUGGGCUCAUUCACAAGCUCAGCACAGUCAACAGUGAAGGACAGCGAGAAGAUCUUCAUUGAGAUUAUGCGCUCCAUUAAGAAAAGACGCUCUGAUGUGAAAGAGCUGAUCAGAGAUCAGGAGAAGGCUGCAGUGAGUCAGGCUGAAGGACACAUGGAGAGACUGGAGAAAGAGAUAAAUGAACUGAAGAGGAGACGCUCUGAUUUGGAGCAGCUUUCACACACAGAGGAUAACAUCAAUUUCCUCCAGAGGUGCCAGGAUGUUCCUAUCAACCCUGAAGCUGGAUUUGGACCCAGAAUAACAGUUAGUUCACAAAGCUGUUUUGGGAAUGUGAGGAAGGUAAUUUCUGAACUGAAGGAUCAACUGGAGAAUGUUUGCGAAAAGAAAACACCGGAGAUUCAUCACACAGUUACCAAAGACACCAUCCCACCAGUUUCUGUUCCCAGCACCACAGCGGUAUUGUUACAAUCUAUUAAAGUGACUGUCCCACCAGUUUCUGUUCCCAGCACCACAGCAGAAUUCUUACAAUCUACUAAAGUGACCAUGUCACCAGUAUCUGUGCCCAAAGCCACAGCAGGAUUCUUACAAUCUACUAAAGUGACCAUGUCACCGGUAUCUGUGCCCAAAACCACAGCAGGAUUAUUACAAUUUACCAAAGACACCAUCCCAGUGGAAUUAGUGCCCAGGAACAAAGCAGAAUUCUUACAAUACUCCUGCCAGUUGACAUUGGACCCCAACACAGCAAACAGAUACCUGUCUCUGUCUGAGGGGAACAGGAAGGUGACAUGGGGGGCAGAGCAGCCAUAUCCUGAUCAUUCAGAGAGAUUUGACUGGUGGGACCAAGUUCUGUGCAAAGAGAGUCUGACUGGUCACGCUUACUGGGAGGCUGAGUGGGGUGGAGGUGGAGCUGAAAUAGGAGUGACUUAUAAAGGAAUCGGGAGGAAAGGAUGGAGUGAUGACUGUCGGCUUGGAACCAAUGAUAAGUCAUGGAUGCUGAUCUGCUCUCCUUUCCGUUACUCUGUCUGGCACAAUAAUAAAGAGACUGACAUACCCAUUCAGCCCUCAGGCUCCCGCAGAGUAGGAGUGUAUCUGGACUGGAUGGCUGAUACUCUGUCCUUCUACAGAGUCUCCUCUGAAGGACUGACCCUCCUGCACAGCUUCACCUCCUCAUUCACUGCACCCCUCUGCCCAGCGUUUUGGGUUUAUUAUACAAACUCCUCCGUGUCCCUGUGCAUGCUGGGAUAGCUCACUGUGUGCUCGAGGAAUCAUUUUUACCUUAUCAGAGUGUCACAUGUCGCUGCUUCUCUGUGGCAAAAAGGUAAAAUCUCUGCUUUUUAACCAGUAAAACCAUUUGUACUCUCUCUGAAGUGGGAUGUAUGUUAGGCAAAAAUAAAUGACUGGGUUCAGCAAACUGAACAAACAUGCAAAAUGCCUGUUUUUCUCUCUAAUUAAAAUGUCAUAAAAAGUCAUUCUCGUGGGGGGUGGCGGUUUUUUCCCUCCCCUGUACAAGUACAUUUUAUAUAUUUCUGUCUUGAUUUGCGCUCAUUUGUAUUUGCUACCUGUACACUGACAAUAAAGGCUUUCUAUUUUAUCCUA